AUGCCCAAAUGCGACCUUAAAACGAGAUACAUCCCCGCGACAUUCGCCUGGACUUUACUUUUGGGCACAACGUCUCUGUUUUUUUAUUUUCCUUGUCAGUAUUAUCUUCACAAACACCCAUGGGUCCCAGCAUACCAAGGUGUUAUCACGUUUUUUGUUUUGGCCAAUUUUACACUGGCCACUUUCAUGGACCCGGGAGUGAUACCAAAAGCUCCACCUGACGAGGAUAGGGAGGAUGAUUUCCGCGCUCCACUGUACCGGAGUGUGGAGAUCAAUGGGAUUACAGUCAGGAUGAAGUGGUGCGUCACAUGCAAGUUCUACAGACCGCCGCGGUGCAGCCACUGUUCGGUCUGCAACCACUGUAUAGAGACAUUCGACCACCACUGCCCGUGGGUGAACAACUGUAUCGGUCGUCGUAACUACCGAUUCUUCUUCUUCUUCCUAAUCUCCCUAUCAAUACAUAUGCUGAGUAUAUUCGGCCUCAGUCUAUAUUACAUCAUGAACAACAACAAGACGUUGACGGAGGUCGAGCCUAUUGUGUCAAUGGUAAUAAUGGGUAUAAUCGCGCUGCUCGCGAUUCCCAUAUUCGGUUUGACGGGUUUCCACAUGGUGUUAGUGUCCCGAGGUCGCACCACCAACGAACAGGUGACCGGCAAGUUCACUGGGGGUUACAACCCCUUCUCUAAGGGCUGCUGGUAUAACUGCUGUUAUACGCAGUUCGGACCGCAGUAUCCUAGCUUGGUCCGUCCCUCAAAGUACAUAUACAAGGGCGGCAAGAAACGUCGGGAGGGCACGGCUAUAUCGACGAUAGCGUCGGAUGCGCACGCGCACGCCCACGCACACACGCACGCGCAGGUAAAGACGUACACCGCGGACAAUGGAGCCGCUCACCGGCCGCUCGGGGCGCACGCACAUUACAACAAGCUAUCUCCUGGCCGUGAGGAACAUGAGCCUGAAAUGGAAGGUCCGGGUGCUUCUCAAUCAGCGGACUGCGAGCCGACGCCUCCGCCCCUACAACGACGGGGCUCCGCCGCUAACCUGUUCCCGCCUGAACAUCACCUCCCUCCACGACCCAUGCACUACCCGCGGCUAAGUCCACUAUCAAGGAAUACCAGUCACGGCACCACCACAUCCGGCUACCGAGUGGUGAUGGAGCCGAUGCGGUACGAAACGAACGGGUCGCGACCGUCACCCACCAUGCAACAACGGAUCAAGGCGUUGGGUGUGCCCACACCGCUGGCAGUCAGCAGCCCUGUCAGGAGGUCCAACCCCGGCACGCCCACCCAGCCGCGCCGCCCGGACUUCAUCGGGGUGCGGGGCUCGCCGCAGAGGAGGUUCCUCUCCGAGGGCGAGCUGCUGAGGGACGAGCCGGCCGCCGCCACCCCCGCGCCCCCCGCGCCGCACCCCGCGCCGCACGACGUCCGCGAGCUGGCCGCCAGCCCGCAGCGCGGCACGUACCUGUGGGCGGAGAGGUCGCCGCACAGCCGCCGCCGCCGGCCGGCGCCGCCCGCGCGCCCGCUGUCCUUCGUGCGCGCGCUGGAGGUGCAGGACCGGCUGGAGCGCGCGCCGCCCGCCGCGCCGCCCGACCGCGCCUCCGUCUACGACUGCAACUACGAGAUCUCCGUCUGA